AUGAAGCAUAACGACCGACCGCGUAACAACCAGAUCACAGAUCAGCAGGAGGGUGGGCAGCGAGCUACAAGUCAUGAUGCUGACCAGAAUCACCCCAUCCCCGUGACUGCUAUGGUGAACUGCUUGGCCACCGCUGCUGGCUGUCAGCUGGUUGGCAGCUGUGACAUCCACAGUGAGAAAUCCUCAUUUGCCACUCCAGGUGUGAACAUUGGGCUCUUCUGCUCCACCCCAGGGGUGGCCUUGGAGAGAGCAGUGCCUUAAACCGUCCACGUUUCCUCCCCAGAAAUGCUUUUUACUGAGGAGCCCAUUUCUGCUCAGGAGGCCUUGCUCCAUGGGCUGCUCAGCAGAGUAGUGCCGGAAGAGCAGCUGGAGGAAGAGACCAUGAGACUCAAGGAGGAUAAGAUCGCCUCCUUGAGCCGUCCUGUGGGGUUGUUGGGGUCUUUGGCCAAGGCCGCCUUCUACAAGCAAGUGUGCGAGGACCUUAGAACAGCCAACCACCUCGCCCCCCCCCCCCCGACCAUGGUCAACAACGUGGCCCUGCAAGAUGGGCAGGAGGGAAUCAAGGCCUUCAUCCAGAGGACAAAACCCAUCUGGUCUCACUGA